CCAGUACAAGGCUUUGACUAUGCCAAACAACACUUAGGUCAGCAGGGAGCUGAAGAUGAGAUUUUACCUGUAACUCAGGAGACUGUCGUACUGCCACUUCCAGUUAGAGAUGCUCCUGCCUCCCAGGAAAGAGAAAUUACUCAGGAUGGGAGCACCAUCAAAACUGCCCAAUCCAAUGAAACAAGGAAAAGCCGGUCCCUGAGUCAGAACGGCUCCAUCAUCAGCAACGGGUCGGGAAAGCCCAGCUCCGGCCGCAGCUCCCUCCAGAAAGUAGCGGCACCACAAAAAGUGACAAAAGACGAAGGAAGGAAAAGAAAUGGUUUUAAAUCUUCAAAGAAAAUUGUGCCUGUAAGUGAUGAAGAGGAAGGAGGCAUUCUCUUUGAUAACAUUGCCAAAUCUGCCGCUGACCCCUUCGACACCUCUUCUGGAUCGGUACAGCUGAUAGCUAUCAAACCUGUGGCACUACCUGCUGUUCAUGCUGCGUCAGAAAGGAGCCAGGAAUCUGCCAUCAUUAAUGGAGAGGUGAACAAGGCUUUGAAGCAGAAGUCCGAUAUAGAACAUUACCGAAACAAGCUGCGCUUGAAAGCCAAGAGGAAGGGGUACUACGAUUUCCCACAAGUUGAUAAUAACAAGGUGGUGACAGAGAGAAAAAGGAUGUAUGAAAAAAACCAGAAAGAACUUGACCACAUUUUGGAUCCAGAUGCAGAUAUCUCGUCUCCGUUUGCUGAGCCUAAGAGCAGGCAGCCGAUGAAGAACUCUGUAUACAGAAGCAGACAGUCUUUGAACAGUCCUAGCCCAGGAGAAACUGAGAUGGAUCUUCUGGUGACUCGAGAAAGACCUAGACGUGGAAUCCGUAACAGUGGAUAUGAUACUGAGCCUGAAAUUAUAGAAGAAACAAAUGUUGACCGUGUCAAUGAGCCUCGGAGUUACACCAGGUCCCGUCAGGCCAAAGGCCACUCGGAGACCUCAACUUUAAGUUCUCAGCCCUCCAUUGAUGAGGUUCGACAGCAGAUGCAUAUGCUCUUGGAAGAGGCUUUCAGCCUGGCCUCUGCAGGCCAUGGAGGACAGAGCAGGCAGGAGGCAUACAGCUCAGCGCCGCACUUACCCUACUCAGAGGUUGUGACCAGUGCUCCUGGUACCAUGACCCGACCUAGAGCUGGGGUACAGUGGGUACCCACAUACAGACCAGAAAUGUAUCAGUACAGUUUGCCAAGACCAGCUUACAGAUUUUCUCAGCUUCCUGAGAUGGUAAUGGGUUCUCCUCCUCCUCCUGUCCCUCCCAGAACAGGUCCUGUGGCUGUUGCCUCUCUCAGGAGGUCUACAUCAGAUAUUGGCAGCAAAGUGAGAAUACCAGAGUCCAGUGGGGCAGAUCAGGCCCAGCAUCAUGAUCAGGCAGCUUUUGCACCUAGUUCAAGAGCUCCGAUGUCUGUUGGUCCACUUGAUCAAUCAGCUUUUCACUCAGGAAAUACCGUACCAGCAGUAUUUGCCAUACCAGCAGCAAACCGACCUGGCUUCACAGGCUAUUUUAUCCCAACACCGCCCACUGCAUACAGGAACCAAGCCUGGAUGCCCUAUGCUGGAGAGAAUGAAUUACCAGGGCAGUGGGCAGACUCAGUACCACUACCUGGAUACAUCGAGGCUUAUCCGAGGCCCCGCUACCAACAUAAUUCUCCUUCACGACUUCCUCGCCAAUACAGCCAGCAAGCGAGCAUGCAUCCCAGCCUGGAACAAGCUCCUUUGCCAUCUACUGCAGCUUCUCAGCAGAGCCUGACAGAAAAUGACCCGUCUGACACUCCGCUCACCAACAUUUCUACAGCUGCCCUCGUAAAGGCAAUAAGAGAAGAAGUUGCUAAACUGGCCAAGAAGCAAACAGAUAUGUUUGAGUUCCAGGUCUAA